AUGAGUUCAGAGUCCCAAGCCAAACCAACCGUCAAGACUCGAGUAUGCAUGAUAUCAGAUACACACACUGCAACCCCCUUCCCAGCAGGCGCCCUCAACAAAGCUUACAGAUACCCACUCCCCAAAUCCGACAUCUUUUUACACGCAGGAGACCUGACAAGAACUGGGCGCCAGGCCGAACACGAGGUCAUAGUUGAUAUGCUCAGAAGGGACGUUGAUGCAGAACUGAAACUCGUCAUUGCCGGCAACCACGACCUUACGCACGAUAAGGAGUACUAUGCUCGCAAAGGUCUAAUGAGACAUGGAUCGGCGCGAUUAGAAGAUCCAGAUGCAAACCGGGCUUUGUACACGGAUGAAUCAGCCAGGAACGCUGGUAUUGUGUACAUGGAGGAAGAGGUGAGGACAUUCAGUUUGAAAAACGGCGCGCGGUUCACAGUAUAUGCAUCGCCGUAUACGCCUGAAUUCUUUGGGUGGGCUUUUGCCUACGAGAGGGAUGAAGAUCGAUUCAAUCCUUCGACUCCGAUGUCUUCUCGCAAUGUGAAAACUUGGGUGCCGUCCUUCCCGGAUGUCGAUAUUAUGCUUACUCAUGGCCCCCCUCUCGGAUUUCUGGAUGAUGUUGGUGGUAUGCGGAAGGGCGUUGGGUGUGAAAGCCUUCUCAAAGCGUGCGAACGUGCCAGACCCAGACUACAUGUAUUCGGGCAUAUCCACGAAGGAUUCGGUGCGGUGCGACAUAAUUGGAGCAACGAUAAUGAUAAUGAUAAUGACAGUGACGCCGGCGAGAUCUCGCUAGACUUCGACACGGCUCUAGAGCAGAGAUGCUACAGCUACGAUAUGUCUAGCGAUGCAAAGAAACCACUGAAGUUUGGCGAGGAGACAUUAUUCGUGAAUGCGAGUGUUGUGACGGUGAGAUACCAUGCUAAUAAUGCACCGUGGGUCGUCGAUCUGGAUUUGCCUCUUGCUACUUCCCAGUAG